UGCAGGUGCUUGAAACGAACUUUUUUUAAUGUUCUAUAUGGACUAUAUACUAUAAUUAGAUAUAUAUCUUGAUAUACAUAUAUAGGCCGAUUUUGUAAAAUAUUUGAUUAUAUGACUAGCGCCUGUGUAUGCGCACAUAAUUAUAUUUAUGUGGAUAUAUUGGAAAAUUAACUGUGCAAUUACAAGAUAUAUCAAUCGGAGGAAGUUUUUAAAAGUAACUUCAAAGCAGUAACUUUUGAAUGAAUAACGUUGAACAGUGAUAUUAAAGGAUCUAGUCAUUAAGUGAAAUUUGUGUCCAUCCUGUUUGUUCAUGAGACAGUUGAUACAUUAUUCAUCAUAUGAAUUUUUAUUCAAAUAUUUAUUGUUUGUGAAGUAUACAAAAGCAGAAAUUGAUAAAACUGGACCUGGAAAUGACUGAACAUUUUAAAAAGCUCAUAUAAAAGACAUUAUAACUCUACAAACAAUUAAAGAUAUUAUGUGUGAAUUGAGCAUUUUUUUACAACACUAAGCAAAACGUAAUACGACACAAUGUCAGAGAAGACUCCAUUAUUGGGGGGAAAGGGUGGUGGCCGCCUGUCAAUGGGUCAGAAAUUUGCGUACAGCGUGGGACACGUGUUGAAUGAUCUCACAGCGUCUAUGUGGUUCUCGUACAUGAUCAUCUACUUCCAUCAGGUGAAAAGUUUCAACAACGGUCUGGCAGGAGAUCUCGUCCUGAUCGGACAGAUCAGUGAUGCCAUAUUUACGCCAUUCAUAGGAUAUGAAUCUGACCGUGUCAAGGGAUGUUUCAAUAUGGGGAAGCGGAAAACAUGGCAUUUCAUAGGGACCCUUUGUGUAGCCCUUAGCUUCCCGUUCCUGUUUGUGGGCUGUAUAACAUGUGAUGAUGCGCAGGACAUUCCACAGUUUAUGUACUACGCCCCGUUUGUAGUGAUAUUCCAGUUUGGCUGGGCUGCGACUCAGAUAAACCACCUCUCCCUCAUCCCGGACCUCACAGACUGCCAGAAUGAGAGGACGGGCCUCAAUGGAUCCAGAUACGCGUUUACUGUGCUGUCCAACAUAGUAGUGUACGGUAUCGCUUGGCUGAUCUUCGACCUCGGCCAAUCCGGGUCUGAUAAACUCUCAUUUGAGGACAAGGAGAAAUUCAGGCUGUUGGUGCUGAUAGUGGUGGGGAUCGGGGUGCUGUUCAGUGUGAUAUUCCACAUAGGUGUAAGGGAACACCCCAAGGAGUACCGGGAGCAUGGAGACUCCUUCUCAAGCACAACGAAUCUCUCGUCUCUCGAGAAGUCAACGCUGAAAAAACUGUCUAUGUCCUGGAAAUGCUGGCUAAAGGAACAUCAAUUCUACCAGGUUGCACUGAUAUAUAUGUCCACCCGUCUAGUGGUCAAUGUUUCACAAGUAUACCUGCCCAUGUACAUCACAGAAACCAUCAUGAUGGACAAGGAUUCCAUAGCAAUUAUACCAUUGAUUGUGUAUGUCAGUGGGUUCGUGACAUCAUUAGCCAUGAAGUAUACCAACAAAUUGUUUGGAAGAAAGAUGACAUAUUUGAUGGGUAUCGUCUUCACAGCAGGGGCCAGUGUGGCAUUUUACCUGCUGCCCCAGGGGAGCAAACUUGUGUAUUUGCCAGCUGUUCUUAGUGGUAUAGGAGGAUCUACCAUGCUAGUUACCUCCCUUGCCAUGACUGCAGAUCUGAUUAAGGACAACACUGAAAGCAGUGCUUUUGUGUAUGGUGCCAUGAGUUUUACAGACAAACUGUCCAAUGGUGCCGCCAUCGCUAUCAUUCAACAACUCCAUCCAUGUCCUGACAGGCACACUUUCAAACAAUAUCCAUGGAACACUGGAGGGUGCUGCCCGGCGUGUGUGGAGUACUUCCGGUCAGUGAUGACAUGGGUCCCUGGAGGAUUUGCAACCCUGGCAUUCAUCGCCCUUAUGACAUUACUGCCUCAAACUCUCGGCCAUCGUAGCAAACAAGCAGCAGUAUUGAAACCUGUACUUAGCCGCAAUAAAAACAGGGAAAUAAUGGUGAACGGUAAUGGAACCAGGGACUGUAUUGUUCCGGAUGCCAGUUAUGAAAGUGAGGACGGUGAACAUGAGGUGGAAGAAAUUGGCUAUAUUUCAGAAGAGGAAGAAAAUUGCUAUAAUUCAGAAAAGGCAGAAAAUGGCUAUAUUUCAGGAAAAGCAGAAAAUUCAACUGUUUCUAAAGAGGCAGAAAAUGGCUCUAUUUCAGAAACAGCAGAAAAUUGCUAUAAUUCAGAAAAGGAAGAAAAUGUUUGUAUCUCAAAAGAGGCAGAAAAUGGCUCUAUUUCAGAAACGGCAGAAAAUUGCUAUAAUUCAGAAAAAGAAGAAAAUGGAUGUAUUUCAGAAGAAGCAAGAAAUGGCUAUAUUUCAGAAGAGGCAAUAAAUGGUUCUAUUUCAGGAGAGGCAAGAAAUGGCUCUAUUUCAGAAGAUGCAGGAAACAUGGAGGCAAGAAAUAGCUUAAUUUCAGAAGAUGCAGGAAAUGAAGAGGCAAGAAAUGGCUAUAUUUCAGAAGAGGCAAGAAAUGGCUCUAUUUCAGAAGAGGCAAGAAAUGGCUUAAUUUCAGAAGAGGUAGGAAAUGAAGAGGAAAGAAAUGCCAAUAUUCCAAAAGAGGCAGAAAAUGGCUUUAUUUCAGAACAGGCAGGAAAUGGCUAAAUAUCAAGAAAAGGAAAAAAAAUGCUUUUAAAUAUCAAGAAAAGGAAAAAAAAUGCUUUAUUUCAGAGGAGGCAGAAAAUAGAUUUUUUUUUAUGAAGAAUUGUUGAAAGUUGAGGAGUAUGAACAAUUUUUAAUUCAUUAUGUUGUCACAUCAUUUAUAAAAUAUAUACACAAAUAUUAUAAACACAAGUCAUAUUAUUUCAUAAUCAUAAAAUUAUUACACAUUAUCGUUAUACUAAUAUGAGAUGUAUUUAUGACAUAUGUUGAAGGUUGUGAGUCAGAUAUCAAAACAUGCUUUAAUUAACAUGAUAUUUUGUGCAAUAUGAUCAUGAGCUUACUUUGAAUAAAACUAAACAAAAUUGAUAAAUAUUGU